GCGCCGCUCCGCCGCGCCCCACAAAAGUGAGGGGCUGCCGCGGCCGGGCCCAGCACAGCGCUGCCCGGGCCGGAGGGGGCGCGGAGCCGAGCCGGGCGGAGCCGAGCCGUGCCGGGCAGAGCCGCUGCGGGGGGCGCUGCGCUGCGCCGCGGUUGUGAUUUCCAAUUUUUAAUCGCAGCUGCAUUUCCCUCCCCCCGCCCCCCCGCGCCGAGGAGGAGCCCCGGCUUUAUGUGGUGCUGCCCGGGGAGCGCUCGGCGGCCCUGAAGUGCUUUGUGUCGCCGUCGCCUUCGUCUUUUUUUUUUUUUCUUUUUUUUUUUUCUUUUUUUUUCUUUUUUUUUUUCUUUUUUUUUUAAAUGUAUAACUUAAUGGGUCUGAACAGCACGGCCGUCGCUAUUCAGCCCAAUGUGUCCUGCACAUGCAACUGCAAAAGGUCUUUGUUCCAGAGCAUGGAGAUCACGGAGUUGGAGUUUGUACAGAUAAUCAUCAUCGUGGUGGUGAUGAUGGUGAUGGUGGUGGUGAUCACCUGCCUGCUGAACCACUACAAACUCUCUGCGCGAUCCUUCAUCAGCCGGCACAGCCAAGGGAGGCGGAGAGAUGAGAAUCUGUCAUCAGAGGGCAGCCUGUGGCCGUCGGAAAGCACCGUGUCGGGGAGCGGGAUGGCUGAGCAGAUCUACACCCCGCGGCCCAGCGAGCGCCUGGCGGUGCCGUCCUUCCUGCAGCGGGACCGUUUCAACAGGUUCCAGCCCACCUACCCCUACCUGCAGCACGAGAUCGACCUGCCCCCCACCAUCUCGCUGUCGGACGGCGAGGAGCCCCCCCCGUACCAGGGACCCUGCACUCUGCAGCUGCGCGACCCCGAGCAGCAAAUGGAGCUCAACAGGGAGUCGGUGCGCGCACCCCCCAACAGAACCAUCUUCGACAGUGACUUGAUAGAUAACUCGGUGUACGGGGGGCCGUGCCCCCCCAGCAGUAACUCUGGCAUCAGCGCGACCUGCUAUGGGAGCAACGGCAGGAUGGAGGGCCCGCCGCCCACCUACAGCGAGGUGAUCGGGCAUUACCCCGGAGCCACCUUCUACCAGCACCAGCAGAACAACAGCGGGGUGCCCUCGCUGCUGGAGGGCAGCAGACUCCAUCCCUCACAGAUCAAUGGCCUUGAGAGCACAACGGCGUGGAACAAAGAGAAAGAGAAACAGAAAGGGCACCCCUUUUAAAAAAGGAGAAAAAGGAGAGAAAGGCAAAGUCGGCGAAACGCUCUGCACUUCUGGUGGGAAGGAAGAAGGGGAGGGAUUGGGAGCUGAGGAAGAUGAGCGAAGGAAAAAAAAAAGAAAAAAAAAAAGCCCUUCCCCAUCUCUCCAUGUAUAAAUAUUUACUUGUUAUGUCUGGUCUGAAUGCACAAGCCCACAAAGCUUGCAGAAACAUUUCUUUCUUGAGCUGUGUCUAGACGUUGAAAAAGGAAAAAGAAAACAACUGUAGUCUUUUUUUUUUUUUUUGGUUUUGUUUCUAGUUGAGCUGUGUGUGAAUGCUUUUUUGUUUUCGUUUGAUUCUUUCACUUAACUUUAAAGACAAAAUAUUUGCACAAAAAAACGUUUUGUUUAAAGAUCUGCAAUAUAAAUAUAUAAAUAUAUAUUAAGAAUAAGAGAAAAGUGUAUGUGUAAGGAGCAGGAGUAUUUUUGUAUUAGAAGAGGCCUAUUAAAAAAAAAAAAAAAAAAAAAAGUUGUUUUCUGAACUAGAAGAAAAA